CAAGCUGUUUGCUGGCCUGAGUGCGCGUACACGCUCGCGUCUACUUAAAGAGAGAGAGAGAGAGUAUAGAGGUUGGGCCGUUCUAGAAGGUGAUCGGGUCGCAGAUCGAAACUGUCCCCCGCGUGCGAAGAUUCGUGCAAAAACUUGUCGCGACUUGAGGGUCUCUCGAACGAGAUCGUAGAGCCCGCUUAAUCCGACCGCUCCGAGGGCGAGGCCCAAGAGCUAAGAAAGACCCCGAGAUGAAGCUGUCCCAUCUGUGGGCGGCCCCCGAGGUCAACCCGAUCAACCGCAAGGCCCGCUCCAUCCCCCUCCUCAACCCCGUUAACGUCUACGGGCGCGUCUUCUUCUUCUCGUGGUUUGGCUUCAUGGUUGCCUUUUGGGCCUGGUACGCCUUCCCGCCUCUCUUGACACACACCAUCAAAAACAAUCUUAACCUUACCUCAGCCGAGGUUGCGAAUUCCAACAUCGUCUCGUUGUGUGCUACCUUAUUGGUACGGCUCGUCGCCGGGCCUGCCUGCGAUCUGCUCGGCCCCCGCUAUGUAUUCGCCGGCACCCUCCUGAUCGGCGCCAUCCCCUUAGGUCUCGCCCCGCUUGUACAUGAUGCCCAGGGUCUGUACGUCAGUCGGUUCUUCAUCGGCAUCUUGGGGGGAUCCUUCGUGCCUUGCCAGGUCUGGUCGACCGGGUUUUUCGAUAAGAAUGUCGUCGGUACCGCCAACGCCCUCACCGGAGGGUGGGGGAACGCGGGCGGCGGGAUCACCUACUUCAUCAUGCCCGCUGUGCUGGACUCCUUCGUGGCCCGCGGCUACUCGGAAGGCGUCGCCUGGCGCAUCACCUUCGUCGUCCCCCUCAUCGUCACCUUAGCCACCGGCGCGGCCAUGGUGCUCCUAUGUCCCGACACGCCGACCGGCAAGUGGGCCGACCGGCAUCUCCACGCCGAGCAGAACCUGGCGUCGCACGGCGUCGGCGUGGCCGCCAGCCCCUCCGACGAGAUCGUCUGCGUGCCUGGGGGUGUCACCGACAAGGCGGGCUCGAGCGGGGGAACGAGCCUCAGCGGCGAGGCCGAGAAGGGGAGGAGCAAGCAGCCGCCGGCGCAGGCCGGCCACCCGGGUUGGGACAGCGAGGCGACGAUCUCGAAGGAGGAGAUGCUGGAGACGGCGCGGGGCGAGGUGGUGCAGAAGCCGACGUGGGGCAUGGCGGUGCGGGUGUCGACCUCGCCGCAGACGGUGUUCCAGGUGCUGACGUACGUGUGCUCGUUCGGCGGCGAGCUGGCGAUCAACUCGGUGCUGGGCGCGUACUACGCCAAGAACUUCCCGGGGCUGGGCCAGACGACGGCGUCGAACUGGGCGGCCAUGUUCGGCUUCCUGAACCUGGCGACGCGGCCGCUCGGCGGCGUGGUGGGCGACCUGCUGUACCGCGCCGCGGGGCGCAGCCUGUGGGCGAAGAAGGCGUGGAUCGUGGCGUGCGGGUGCGCGACGGGGGCGCUGCUCGUCGCGCUGGGGCGCGUGGAUCCGCACGACAGCCUGGCGCGGCUCGUCGGGCUCGUGGCGGCCAUGGCCAUCUUCCUCGAGGCCGGCAACGGCGCCAACUUCGCGCUGAUCCCGCACGUCCACCCCGAGGCCAACGGCAUCGUGUCGGGCACGACGGGCGCCGGCGGCAACCUCGGCGGCGUCGUCUUCGCCGUCAUCUUCCGCUUCGUCGGCGGCGGCACCGACUACGCCCGCGGCUUCUGGAUCACCGGCGUCGUCACCAUCGCGCUCAACCUCGUCCUGUGCUGGGUCCCGCCCGUGCCCAAGGGCCAGGUCGGCGGACGCUAGGGAUUCUCCGCCGAGGGGGAGCAGGGAGGGGGGGGGAGUUGCCUAUAGAUUGUCCGAGAACGCUGUUUUCCGGUCUCCUUCCCCCUCUUCUUUUGAGAAUACGCGACAAUAGUUCGUAACGGUAGAGAUACCGGACGGGGUUUGGGGGCGUGUCUUUGUUCGUCGA